AUGGAUAGUUCUGCUAUUUUGGCUCGCAGAGUUAUAUUGGAACUCUUCACCCUAUGCCCAAAUGCGAAGAUUGCUACAGAAGUUGCUACAGAGGAUAUAGAAAAGGUCAUACGAUCUCUAGGUCUGCAACGGAAGAGGGCACCGAUGAUUCAACGCUUUUCUCAGGAGUAUUUAUUAGAAAGCUGGACCCACGUAACUCAGCUGCAUGGUGUUGGCAAGUAUGCAGCUGAUGCAUAUGCAAUAUUCUGUACAGGGAAGUGGGACCGUGUCAGAACCACUGAUCACAUGCUAAAUAGAUACUGGGAAUUCCUAUGUGGUGGUAACAUAGCAUCGCAGUAG